AUGGCUCAGGAUCAGGACAAACUCUUCUCCCCGCUCAAAGUCGGCAACGUGCAGGUCAGCCACCGCAUCGUGCUGGCGCCACUGACGCGGUUCCGGGCGGACGACAAGCAUGUGCCGCUCCCGCUGGUGACGGAAUACUACAGGCAACGGGCCUCGACGCCCGGCACGCUGCUCAUCACUGAGGCGACGUUCGUCAGCCCACGGGCGUCCGGGCUGGACCACGCGCCGGGGAUCUGGAACGCGCAACAGAUUGCGGCGUGGAAAGAAGUGACGGACGCGGUACACGCCCAAGGCAGUUCGAUCUUCGUGCAGCUCUGGGCGUUGGGCCGCCGCGCGGUGGCAUCGGUGCUCGCACGCGCCGAAGGCGGCCCGUAUGCGGUGAAGGGGCCCAGCGCGGUGGCGGUGACUCUGGGCGGCCAGCGUAACAUGCCCGAGGCCCUGAGCGUUGACGAGAUCCAAGACCUCAUCGGCGACUACGCCACGGCGGCGCGCAACGCGGUCGAGGCGGGUUUCGACGGGGUCGAGCUGCACGGCGCCAACGGCUACCUGAUCGACCAGUUCCUGCACGCGAGCCUCAACACGCGCACCGACGAGUACGGCGGCAGCGUGGAGAGGCGGUCGCGCUUCGGCGUGCAGGUCACCCAGGCCGUCAUCGCCGCGGUCGGCGACAGCAAGAAAGUCGCGGUGCGCCUGUCGCCGUGGACCGAGACCGACGGCGGAUCUGAGAGUGCCGAUGUCAUCGUCCCGCAGUUUCUACACAUCAUCUCCGAACUGAAAAAGCUCGACCUGGCCUAUCUGCACCUCGUCGAGAGCCGCGUCAGUGCCGCCGAAGUCGACCCCAGCGACCACGUCUACCGCACCCUGGCCAGCCGCAACGACGUCUUUGUCGAGCGCUGGGGGACCCCGAACCCCAUCAUCCUCGCCGGUGGCUUCACUCCCGAAACGGCCGAGCAGGCUGUUCAGAGAUACAAGGACGCCAACGUCUUGGUCGCCUUCGGCCGGUAUUUCAUCAGCACCCCGGACUUGCCGUUCCGCAUCCACGAGCACAUCGACUUGAAUCCCUAUGAUCGCUCUACCUUCUACACCCCGUUCAGUCCGAAAGGCUACACGGAUUAUCCCUUCAGUGAGCGCUUCUUGGCUGCGACAAAGGCGCAGGCGCAGGGGAAGGGGCAGGUGUUGGCUUCCAUCUGA